AUGACGGUGAAAACUAGGUGUCAGCGUCGAGCCCCCUUUCUUCAUCGCAACUGGAUCAAAGGCGCCAGAGCCUUGAAGGACUCUGCAGCUAUGGGCAACAUAGUGUCCUCACCCAUCCACAAAAACUCACACCGAAUCGACCAUGACGACAGCCCGCCCCUCAAGAGGCGGCGCCUCUCGUCCUCCGGCUCCAUUGAUGCCGACCGUCUCGUUGCGUCUCCGCGCGCCUCCGACUCGAGAUCUGCUCUCAAGAUCGAGGUCUUCAAAAUUGCCCACAAGGACUCCAAAAAGGUCAGAUCCUACCAAGCCUACGGCGUCCCUCGCGAGGUAACUCCCACCAAAGCUAGCUGCAGGAUCACCAUCUACGAACUUGGCUCCGGCUAUACUCGGCCUCUCCACUGCCAGAGCCAAGUAUGCGACUUGACCACGUUCAAAAACCCUGUGGGCCCUCACCGAGUCGCCCGCAUCGCAUUGCCCAAGCCGUUCUACAUCCCCCAGGAGAGCCUCCUCAUUAACCGGCCGGAUGAUAACACGUUUGACCUGGCAGACUCCUACCGCAUCGUGGUCGAGUUGGAGGCUACUCGUGAUGAGCCCUGGCCGCCGUUGGACGCAAGCGAUUUCGGCAUUCCAGCCUCCUCCAGCCUCUCCUCGGCCCCCGGCAGAGCAUGGGUCCUAUCAAGCCAAUGCGAACAGAUCUAUGGUAGCCUCAAGAGUCCCUUGACCUUGUCCGCAGGCCAUUCAGCGCAUGGGCCUGAAGUUCAUACGGACUAUGUCAUGGAUCUUGAUUUGCGCUGGGAAUCCGGCUUCAGAGCAGUGAGGCACUUGGAUAAGGGGUCACAGCCAUGCAUCAACGCUGUGGACCCCGACUCCGACCCCUUUUUGGAUCAUGCAAUCAAUGGAAGGAAUCCAGGCGUCAACGGCCAUCACGUGGACGAAUCGUCUGUCGAGAUGGACGACGAAGGCCUGGAUGGCCCAGACGGAGCGCAAACCCCUUCGAGGGCGUUGAGAAACCGGAAAAACACCAAGGUGUAUAAUUUGAAAGUCCUCAGCGACCAAGCUCAGGGAAGGGAAAGGAAGCGACGGUCGCAGUCCAGCCACGGCACCCCGAGCGAGGGCCGCGUUAGCUAUCUGCUACCUCCUGAUCAACCGGUUUGCCUCAACUAUUACCGCUGUGUGACUUGCGGAGUCCACAACAGGUCGAUGCAGCAACUGCAAUUCCACUUGCAAACCUCACACACCGCAUACAACUACGUGCUCGAGACGACGAGUCAGGGACCACAGUUCCGAGUCACUAGCCGCUGCGAGUCUAUAUCAUCCCCCUCCAAGGAGUACCAGAUAAAGCCACCCGUCAGGCCAUUUAACCUGGAAACUCAUCUCAACGGCGACCUGUCAUGGGUCUCUUCACGGCUUGGGCCGGAUACAGUUGAUGACGUUUUCACCUCCCCAGGCAAGAAUGUCGACGAAGGACAGCAUUUCCGAUCGCCGGUCGCCACGCAGCCGCGGUUGGCCCAGCGGCGCCCUGGGGACCCCAAAAGCGACAAGGUUCUGGUGCCCAACAUCAAAGAGCCUCUUUUCGACCCCAUCAGCAGAGCACGACUGAUGCCAGGUCAAGAGGUGCCGAAGAGAGUCCUAGACACGACGUGGCUCAUCCAGAAACAUCGGGAGAGCACGAGCGACUUCUCCGACGUCACCCCCGCGGAGAAGGAGUACAUUUGGGAGUGGGAUGGAUAUAUUCUUCGCCAAAGCCUCACUUCUGCCGCCUACUUUCCUCGCGCCUGGCUGGGCUUUGUCAGGGAGAAGGCGGCCUGGCUUGUUGCCGCUGAUCAACGUGUACUGGAAUUCGGCAAGCACGCCAGCUUGCUCCGAGUGCGUGAUAUGCUAGAUGACAAGACCAUGCAGGAGGCCUUUUCCCACAUCAACGAUGCUCGAACGAGGCUGCAGCUGAGCAGUGAGAGCGGCAACGUCGAGCCCGCAGAAGUGGACCCAAAGCAGUCUCCCCGAGCCACGGAAAUUCGCAAAGGUUCAAACGGCUGCACCAUUUGCCAGCUUCCGGUCCUGGGGCCCAGACUGCUGGUCUGCUACAACAAGGCUUGCCCUCGUAGGCUAUACCACUCGGACUGCAUACAACAGGAAGCAGCCAUGCCGGUUGACAACAAGGACCGUUGGCUCUGUAACGCGUGCUACGCAGGCAAAUUAGCCUAG